AUGGAAAUAUUUAAGCUUACUGUUGAGGAAUUUGAUGAUUUAUAUAAAAAAUAUAAUAGUCAGCUCAUUCAGUAAACUAAAGAAUUAGCUUAAUAAUACAAAGAUUGUGUUUCAGAUGAAAAACUUACAAGCUUUGAUUCAUGUGUUACAAAAAUAUUUAGCUCUAACAAAAGUUUUCUUCAUGAAAGACUAAAAGUUAACUUUAGUAAGAAAGACUACUCUUAUUUGAUUGAUAAAGCUGAAGUUGAAAUCAAGAAAAUUAAUCACGAGAUCAUGACAAUCAGAAAGCUUUAUAUCAAUAACAAUAGUAAUCUGUAGACUCAAAGUUCUCACCAAAGCAUUAUAUUCUAAAAUAGCUAACUAAGGAGCUAAAAUACCAUUAAUACAUUACCUAAUGUAGUUUAGGAUUCUAUUUUAAAACUACCAACUGCUAAAUUAGUCAAACUUAAUUAAAAAGAAAUAGAAUAAAGAUUAAGAGAAACAAUGAGAUAUAAAGUGAUGAAUAGUUUAGUAGUUAAAAUAUAGAAAGCCUUUAGGAGAUACCUAAGUAUUAUUAAACCAAAAAGAAAUUUAGCAGCUACAAAAAUUCAGAGAUCAUACAGACACUACAAAGAGAUAUCUAAAAUUAAUUCAGAAGGUAAACUAAAAGAUAAUGCUGCAAAAAAAAUUUAAAUGUGGUAUAAAUAUUUAAAGUAAAAAAAGACUGUGCAAAAAAAUAAAAAAGUGUGUUAAGGAUUAGAUAUAUUAUUAGAAGUUUUUAAUUAGAAUAAAGUUAAGAAAUAUUUUAGAUAAAUUCUAAAAUAUUCUCUUGUUAGAUUAAGAAUUGAAACUAGAGCAUAUCAAGUUUACAAGUUAGAUCCUCAUAGAGUUCAUUUAAAUAAUGUAGAUCAUGAAGAGCUUAAAAAAAUUAUACCUGAAGAAGGAAAAUACAAAAUGAGUUCUGUAUUUUGGGAUUUUAUAUUAAAAUCUAAAGUAUAUUAUAAAUGGUUAUUAUUUACUGCACUAAGAAGAAAGCGCGCAGCAAAAUAACCAUAAAACUGA